GUUAUAUCAACACAUAUUUGUUGGGUGACAGUCACUUAUUUUUAAAUAUGUAUUUUUAAAGUAUAAUAUUUAAAGAAAUUUCUUGAAUUUCGACGCACAAGUCACCAACACAUUAAUAAACCGCGUUGCCAACUUAGUAUAAAAAAUGCCAUAUCUUUCAUUGGCUACCCAGCUUAUACAAAUUUUCCCUUUUCUAUGUAAUUUCAUAGUUAUAACAUAAUGUAUUAUACGUGAAAUGCAAUAUAGAAUUUUUUUUUUUAAUUCAUAACAUGUCGGAAUGAGUAAAAAAGUAAAAAAUAUUUCACCCACACUCCAAAUGCAAUUACAAAGCUGCAUCUUUUACAAUGAUUGCAAUUUUGUAAUAGCACGAUUUAACAUCUGAUUUGUUUUGACAUUUAAUGUCAGGUUACUGAAUCAGAGAACUUACAAGAAUAACCACAAUCGGUAGACCGGAGGAAUAUUGUAUCGAAAUUCAAUUUAAUCAUUGCAAUUUGUUAAAAAUGAAUAUAACAAACCGUGUACUUACGCCCAGUUGGAAGAAAGGAAACAGUUUUAUUAGAAUCGUCACAUUUUCAACAAAACCUCAGCCAAAUGAAUUACCACCUUUCAUUCAAAAACAAAGUCAGCCAAGCUCUACAGGGUCUAUUGAAGGACGUAAAUCAGUUAUUCCACAAAAUUAUCGUUUUAUCUAUCCAGAAUUUUUACCGGAUCCCAAAGUCGAAUGGCGUAAUCCAGUGCGUGAGAAACUUGAGCGCAUGGACAUGCUAGACCGUCGCACUAAAAUUGACAUUCCGGAAUUCUAUGUCGGUUCAAUACUAGCUGUAACAAGCUCUGAUCCUCAUGCAGCCGGUAAAAUCAGUCGUUUCGUGGGUAUAUGUAUUCAUCGUGAUCGUUGUGGUCUUCGAGCUCGUUUCAUAUUACGCAACGUUAUUGAUCACCAAGGUGUUGAGGUACGUUACGAGUUGUACGAUCCAACUAUACAUAAAAUUGAAGUAAUUCGCCUGGAAAAGCGUUUGGAUGACCAUCUGCUAUAUUUACGCGACGCAUUGCCUGAAUAUAGCACUGUUGAUUUAAAUUUAGAACCGGAGAAUUUAGAUGAUAGUGCUGAAGUGCCAGUAAAUGAUAUUAAAGUAGUAUUGCGCCCACGACCAUGGUUGGAGCGGUGGGAACGGCAGAACCUACAGGGAGUAGCUAAUGUGGACCAGUACAUUACUGACAAGCAACGUCGACAGGCAUUAGCACAUGAAAAACCAUGGGAAAAAUUCGAUAUGAUGAAACAGUAUCGCGCUUCAAUUCCCGAGGAAGAACAAAAAGAAAUAUUUGUAGAAGUGCACUCCCAAUUGCACAGCCUUGAAUUGCAACGAAAACGGAACAAGCGUAAACGUUCUUUUGUCAAACCCACCAAAUUGGCGUAGAUCUAAUCAAAUUAUAGUUACUGUUUUUUUCUUUCAAAAUCAAUAAACAUGUACUUUCUAUGAGUAAUUUAAAUCAUAUAUACGAAAGUUGAAAUACGAUUUUGUAAAUAAAAACUUUCAGUUUAUAUUCUGAGAAAUAUCAAUAUUA